GUUGUGGUGGCCCGCGGCGCGCGCACAGCACCGGGCGCAGCCGCCGCCGCCGGAGCCGCUUCAGCCGCAGCAGCGCCCAGACCGCCCUGCCCGCCUGUCCUCCUCCUUCUCCUCCUUCCUUCCUCCCUUCCUCCUCCUCCUCCUCCUCCUCCUCCCGGAGCCCGCAGCCUCCUCGCCCCCUUCUUCCCCCCUUCCCGGACCCCGCGAAGAUGGUGGACCGCGAGCAGCUGGUGCAGAAGGCCCGGCUGGCCGAGCAAGCCGAGCGAUACGACGACAUGGCGGCCGCCAUGAAGAACGUGACAGAGCUGAACGAGCCCCUGUCCAACGAAGAGAGGAACCUGCUGUCCGUGGCCUACAAGAACGUGGUGGGGGCACGGCGCUCCUCCUGGCGAGUAAUCAGCAGCAUCGAGCAGAAGACCUCAGCCGAUGGGAACGAGAAGAAGAUCGAGAUGGUCCGUGCCUACCGCGAGAAGAUCGAGAAGGAGUUGGAAGCAGUGUGCCAGGAUGUGCUGAGCCUGCUGGACAACUACCUGAUCAAGAACUGCAGCGAGACGCAGUACGAGAGCAAAGUCUUCUACCUGAAGAUGAAAGGGGACUAUUACCGCUACCUGGCCGAGGUGGCCACCGGGGAGAAGAGGGCGACCGUGGUGGAGUCCUCGGAGAAGGCCUAUAGCGAAGCCCAUGAGAUCAGCAAGGAGCACAUGCAGCCCACCCACCCCAUCCGGCUCGGGCUGGCGCUUAACUACUCGGUUUUCUACUACGAGAUCCAGAACGCGCCGGAGCAGGCCUGUCACCUGGCCAAGACGGCCUUCGAUGACGCCAUUGCCGAGCUGGACACCCUCAACGAGGACUCCUACAAGGACUCAACGCUCAUCAUGCAGCUCCUCCGCGACAACCUAACGCUCUGGACGAGCGAUCAGCAAGACGACGACGGCGGAGAAGGCAACAACUAGACCCCCCCGAUGGACUGGCAGCCGCACGCUGAUGCUAACUACUGCAGUCUUUAUUUUUUUCCCACGAGUGGGGGGGGGGCAGGGGUGGGGGAGGGAAAGGGAGGGGACACCUUCCCAGGGAGGCCCCCCACAACCUGUCUUUGAUUGCCUCGUUGACAUUUUUGCCAAAACACCACUAGUGGAAGUCAGGCUGGCUGUGCUGGUAUGGAAUAGCAGCCUCACUGGCAUAUGGACUGUUCUGUAGAUUAUUAAUACAAGUGGAGCUGUCUUUAAUUUAACUUUAUUGCUAGAAAUAAAAGGGUUUUAAGACGAAUUUGCGUGGAUGGAAUGGCCCUCGUUUUUAAGGAAAGCAACGCAAAAACAUUUAAAAAAAAAAAAAAAAAGACAAAAGCGAAACAAAACAAAAAAAAAAAAAAAAAAAAAGGGAGUUCUGUGGUUCCAGUAAGGCUUCGUGCGUUUGUUUCCGCAGUCCAGGUGCCGUGUGUGUCCGCACCACGUCACGGGGCGUCUCUGCAGCGCUCUGCCCGCCAGGGCGCAGCUUCAAAUCCCCAAAUUGAGAAGGAAUUAGAAAUAAAACCAACAAAGCUAAACAGUUUGGGGCUCACAGAGCCCCAGGAUUUAGGCCAUCCAAUCUUUUUCUUUUUUUUUUUUUUUUUUCUUGUUAAGAUAUAUAUUAGGAUAGCUUACAGUAUUGACACUAAAUUGCAGUUUACAGUAUUUCUACAUUACAGCCAUAUGACAUCAAGCCUUUGAUUGUCUGUUUUUCUUUCUUUUGCUAGUUCUUUUGGCUUGCCUUCCUGAGCAGUCCUGGCCUGUGGACUGGCUUUAGCUAUUCUGUGUCGCCCAAGGCAAGAAGAUCGCCCGCCCGAGGAACAUCAAAGCUGCUCUAGUUUUUUGGUCAACAGCUUAACAGGUGCUUGGCUAGCGGCUGUUUCAACUAUUUUAAGUCCACAGCAAAAGGUUUAAGAACUUAAUUAGACAAGGGGGAAGUGUUUAAACUUAAAAAAAAAAAAAAAUGCCACUUAAAUAAAAAAAAAAUAAUAAUAAUAAAAAAAAAUUAAAAAAAAAAGAGCAUUCAGGUCUGUAUGUCAUGUACUGUGUUUGGUAUUUCAAAAGACCAUCCUGGUUUAAGGUGCCACAGCUGCUUCCUCAGGGAUUGCACUGCCAUUUCACUCUGCCUGACCUUCUCCCACUGUACCAUGAGGUUUGUCAGCAGAUCUCCAGCACCCAGGCUCCCUUGUUUGUCACCAGGGAAGCCAGGUGCAUUUUCCUUUCUCCUGGGGAAGCUUGUGGUGUAAUGAGUGAACUUCAGGAGCUUAGAAACUAAUUUGGUAGAGAAAUUCCUCAAGAGGAAGAGCUACAAUCAUAGACAUUUCUAUCCACCAUCAGGAGCCCAGGAACUUAGUUCUCUUCUUAGCAAAAUCUUUUCCAAGUCUGUCUGAUCUGGCUGGGGGUGGGGGACGGGGCAUCUAUGAGUUGCUUAGCAGGUAAUAUUUACCCCAUUUUGAGUAAGUUUAGCUUUAAUUUUGAUUUUCCCACGGUUGUUGGAGGUUCACUGCUGUUCUCUGGCUCUCAGAGCGCUGCGCCCUGCAGCGCUUCACCCAGCGCUGCGCAGUGAGAGGAAACCGCACUCGUGCUUUUAUUCUUUAUUAAACAUCGCUCUGCUUUUGGAAACAGGCUUUCAUUGUCCCUUUGAGAGUCAGCCCGACACGGCGUCGUGGUGUGGCACACACGGCACAGCCGCUCCUGCUGCCGGGGUGCGCGGGGGGGACACGGCUCCGGCUCCCUCCCCGCUGUCCCAAAGCCGCUGCCCGGCUCCCCGGGGAGCGAGCGGGGCCAGGCCGUGCUCGGCCCCCGGACACUGCCCCAGUGGUGCUGGAAUAGCUUUUUCCAGCCGGGAUUCAUCCACCCAAAGUCAGGCCCCCCAGGCGCUUUGCAGGAAUUUGGGGUGCAGCAUCCCCGCGGCUGGGGGCCCGCGGUGCCGGUGCGUGCCGGGACCGGGAGAUGCUUUAGGCUUCUUAUCUCCUUCUCAUCGACCCCUGUGUCCCGUGAGCAGUGUUGUCCCAGCUGUACAAUUUGGAAGUGAUUUACUGGAAUUACAAAACCUAUCUUUUUUUUUUUUUUUUUUUUAAUUACUACUCUUUUUGGCUUUUGCUCUGGCUGCUUUAGGAAACUUAUGCAGGAGAGAUGGCACAAGAGGGCUAAAAACGGAGUGGGGGUCAGGGACUUGAUUUUUAAGCAGCUUGAAUGGUUUCUUUCAUUUUUUAAGAGAUGCACUUGCCUAUGAUACUGUCUCUCCAGUGAAAUGAUUACUGCUCCAUUACUCUAUUGAUACAAUAUUGUGCAUGCUAGUGUCGUAUUUCUAUACAGUAGCUUGAAAUUUAUUAACUUAUACUGUAGAUGUUAUGUAUUCCUAUGACAAAAUAGUCUUCAAAAAUUUUCUAAAGUUUUUUAAUUUAUUUUUCUUUCCUUUUUUUUUUUCGGGGGUAAAGUUUGCUCUACCAAAUAGUGAUCGUAACAAACUGAUCUGUUAUGGAUGUUGCUAUAGUGACAUGCAAUUAUAUAUGAUUUUGUUUUUAAAAAGGAAAAAAAAAAGCAAAAGAAAACACCAGUGUUAGCUUAAUCUUAAUGUCUGGUGUUCGUCAUGGUGAAAUUAUAACUAUUACAGUGUAGGAGAACAAUGACUGUGUUCUUUGAAUGAGCCUUUGUUUGUGCUUUUUGUCAUGUUAUGCAGUGAACUAUUUUUAAGGUCUAAUCAGUGAUUAUUUUUCCAACUCCGUGUUUCUGUAAGGAAUUAUUUCACACACGGACCAUUCUUAGCAGUUUUUCCUCAGUGAUGGAAUAUCAUGAAUGUGAGUCAUUAUGUAGCCGUCGUACAUUGAGCAAAUAAACUUACAGAUCUGACGUCA